CUCAAACCAUGGCAUGUGGAAGUGGGUCAAUUAAAUUUGGUCUGAAAGGGCACCCCUGAGCCCCUGAGCGUCCCCGCUUGGUUGACGGGAGGUGGGGCCUGCCUUGGUACGGCUAAGGUGUCAGUGAAGGAGGGGUCCAAGAGGGGUCAUGCCAAUCGAACUGCCCUCUCAGCCCCCCCAGUCGACAACGUGGGGCUACCGAGGCGUCUGUCGAAGAGGAGGUUCUUCACCGAAAGUUUGUGACUUUGGACCGUACCACUUGGGUACUUUGGGGAUAUAGUACGAGAGCCACGUCUGCCCAACCAAUUCACCUCGCUCUUCGAUAUUACACCUUCUUUUCUUUCCCAAUCAACCCGAAAAACCCAACCAACACAACCGCGACCAUGGCUUCGUACCCGCCCCUCGCCGAGCGCGAGAUCAAGAACACCAUCUGCCUGUUUGACGUCGACGGCACUCUCACUCCCGCGCGUCUGAGCGCCUCGCCCGAGAUGCUCGACCUCCUUUCGCGCCUCCGCCAAAAGUGCGCCAUCGGGUUCGUGGGCGGCUCCGACCUCGUCAAGCAGCAGGAGCAGCUGGGCACACCCGACAUCAACGUCACGACCCUCUUCGACUUUUGCUUCGCCGAGAACGGCCUGACGGCGUACCGGCUGGGCGAGCCGCUGCCGUCCAACAGCUUCAUCAAGUGGAUCGGCGAGGAGCAGUACAAGGAGCUGGUGCGCUUCAUUUUGCACUACAUUGCCGACCUCGAGAUCCCCGUCAAGCGGGGCACCUUCAUCGAGUUCCGCAACGGCAUGAUCAACGUGUCCCCCAUCGGGCGCAACGCCAGCGUGCAGGAGCGCAACGACUAUGAGAAAUACGACAAGGAGCACGGCGUGCGCAAGGCGUUUGUCGAGAAGCUCAAGGAGCGGUUCGGGCAUUUGGGCUUGACGUUCUCCAUUGGCGGGCAAAUCUCGUUCGACGUGUUCCCCACUGGCUGGGACAAGACGUACUGCCUGCAGCACAUCGAGAACGAGGCCAAGCGGCCGGGCGGCGUGCAGUACACGACGAUCCACUUCUUUGGCGACAAGACGUUCGAGGGCGGCAACGACUACGAGAUCUACACCGACAGUCGGACGAUCGGGCACUCUGUCACGGGCCCGCACGACACCAUGACUGAGCUCAAGAAGCUAUUCGAUCUGUAGGGUGGAAAUAAACUAAUCAGUAUUGCUGCGGCGUCGUUGCUGCGGAUGCAGUAUCAGAAUCGGGAUCCUCGUGCUGAAGCAAAACGAUGGCAGUAUCGGUCCCCGCUAGUACCAUAGGACUGACUGCCUCGGACAUGUUGGAACAGCUGUAGCAUUGGACGCACUCGCUAACCGACGCUAUGAAACCGAACAACCCCGAUCUACUAAUCAACAACCACUAUAAAGUAUCCAAGCAAAGCCGUAACCAAGAAGAAAACAGAAGCACUCCCAAAAUACGCAACCAUCGUCAACUCACAUCACCCCCCUUCGCAACCACCUUCCACAACCUUACAACCCCAUGACCAGCAGCCCGGGCCAGGUUGAUCAAUGGCCAAACUCCAGAUGCGGCACAAUAACCGGCCCAUACUUUGUCGUCGUCGUAAACAUGCCAUCCC